ACAUGGCUUACGUUCGGUUACCUAGCCACAACAUCGCGUGGCCACCAAGCCCAGGCCAGAAGAAAUUAAGAUGGCGGUCGCAGACGUCGUUAUCAAACAAGAAGCCGUGGACGCUGUAGAUUUGGAAGAGAGAGUCGUAGAACUUUGUAAAGCGAAUCCAAAAGGAAUAACAGACCAGCUGAUAUCUCAGGAUAUGCCAAACAUUCCUCCACAGCAAAGAGUAACUGCUAUAAACAGACUUCUCUCUAUGGGUAGGAUUGAACUUUUGAAAAGUGGCACACAGCUUUUAUAUAGAUACAAAGAUGCACAGGCGGCGACGAAAACAAAAGGAUUUGACUUACAAGAGAAACUUGUUUAUCAGAUUAUAGAAGAGGCACAAAACAAAGGUAUCUGGAUUAGGGACAUCAGAUUCAAAAGUAACAUACAAAUGACACAAGUCAACAAGAUUGUAAAGAAUCUGGAGAGCAAGAAGCUUAUUAAGGCUGUCAAAUCUGUAGCUGCUUCUAGAAAGAAAGUGUACAUGCUCUUUAAUUUGGAGCCUGACAUUACAGUGACUGGAGGAGCUUGGUACAGUGAUCAGGAUUUUGAAUCUGAGUUUGUAGAAGUGCUAAAUCAACAGUGUUACAAGUAUCUUGAACAAAAGGCUGAUCAAGCUGACAGAAUGAAUGUGGAUCCUUUAGCUAAAAGAAAUGCUUCUUAUUCGUCAUGCAAUGAUGUGUGGAAGUACAUUUCUGAACUAGGAAUCAGUAAGGUUCAACUAUCUGAGGGUGAUAUUGAAACAAUUUUAAACACAUUAGUCUUUGAUGGAAAAGCAGAAAUGUCACUAGUGGUGGAUAGCAGUUCAGGAUCAUCAUCAAAUGGACAAAGGAAACUUUUCAGGGUUCUUAGACCUCUGUUACCAGUGACAGGACUCAUGAGGACACCAUGUGGUGUUUGCCCGGUAUCUGAUCAGUGUCGAGAUGGUGGGCCUAUAUCACCAAGCAAGUGUAUCUAUAUGAAGGACUGGCUUGCAGAAUUAUAGUGUAGUAGUACCUUUGUACGUAACUUAAAGUGUUUUAUUGAUUUCAUAUUUAUACAAAAUAAACAUUUACACUGGU